AUGACUAGCAGCAGCGGCUGGUUUCAGAGUGCUGGAAUACCCCCCUUUGACCCCAUGCAAAAGAGGACUUUGCCAGCUCGGGCUCCUAGGCAGGCACCUUUAGAGGUGCUUUCUCAGUCUGUGAGCGUAAGGCCAAAACUUCCACCUUCUGAGAGGUGUGCUGUACCAAAGGUGACGCAAAAUCCAGAACCUUUUCUUUUGAAAGCAGCCCAUGCACCGCCAUUAUCAGCACUUCCUCCAAAGAAAGACCUAGAGGAGUUUAUUGCAAGAUAUGAACAGGGGGUAAUAAACCCAGUGUCUGCCUUGCAUCAGUUUGCACAAAUGCACCAUUUACAACUUGAAUUGAAAGAAACUAGUGUGGCAGGCAAUAUCAUAAGGCCUUAUUUUGCCUUUUGUGCUGUGGUAGAUGGUGUUUGCUACAAGACUGGACUGGGAAAAAACAAGAAGGAAUCUAGAUUAAAUGCAGCUAAACUGGCUCUUGAUGAGCUACUUAACUUGGAGUAUACAGGGGUGAAGGCUUCUGAAAAGUCAGAUCCUCUCUGUACUCCUGCUGAGCCCCAAACUCCAGCAAACUGUGUUCGCGCCUCAAGGAUCUGUUUUGGAGGACAGCUUAUAUAUCAAAAGCUUUCGCAAACACUUGGAGAAGUAUUUAACAGGCUGACUACCGCACAUCCUGAGUACCAAAGUUGCGGCAGUUCACUGGCUGCCUUCAUCAUUGAAAAAGGUGGACAGCAUGAAGUUGUAGCUCUAGGAACAGGAGAAUAUAAUUACAGUCAGUGCUUUCAACCUUGUGGAAGAGUGUUGCAUGACAGCCAUGCCAUUGUUAUUGCAAGGCGUUCUCUACUUAGAUAUUUUUAUAGACAUCUUUUGCUCUUCUAUAAUGAAAAUCCAGCAAGGACAGAGAAAUCCAUAUUUUGCACAGCACCAGGCUCAAAGCUGCUUACCCUAAAGCAAAAUACAACCAUCUUUCUCUACAUGAAUCAGCUUCCAAAAGGAACUGCUCAGUUAAAAUCACAGAUACAUCUCAAUCCACAAUCUAUAUCUGCUUAUGAAACUAAUGAAGAACUGAGUCUCCAUGUUGCUAUAGAAGGCAAGAUUUACCUAACUGUUUGUUGUCCACCUAAAACUGUUAGAGCAAGCAGUAUGUCCGCUAGUGACAAAUUAACAAAAUGGGAAGUGGUUGGUAUUCAGGGAGCGUUGCUGAGUCACUUCAUCGAACCAGUGUAUAUAAACAGUAUUCUUGUAGGAAAUGGAAAUUGCAAGGGUACAAGAGGGCUAGAAAUAGCUAUAAAACAGCGUGUUGAUGAUGCACUUACAUCAAAGCUUCCCAUGCCUUACCUGGUCAACAGAUCUCAUACUUAUGUGGUGAAUGCUGCACACUCAAUUCAAACAGACUUUCAACAGAGGUCUCUUAGUUUGAAUUGGUCAUUGUCAGACGCAUCACUGGAGGUUGUGGAUGGGUUAAGUGGAAAAACCACUGAAAGUUCGCCAUUCAAAAGUGGCACUUACAUGGCAAGUCGCCUCUGCAAGGCAGCAAUGUUCAGUCGUUUCAGAUUGCUUGCUAAGGAAGCAGAACGGAAUGAUUUGCUUCAAGUUGCAACGUACCAUGAAGCUAAGAUUCAAUCUGAAUUGUACCAAGAAGCUAAAAAUUUGCUGCAAAGCUACUUAGAGCAACAUAGUUAUGGAUCCUGGAUUGUGAAGUCUCCACAUAUCGAACAGUUCAGUGACUGACUGUGACAUGGAUUGUAU